GCCUGCUCGGAGAAAUGAAAGGAGCUCUAUUCCGGCCGGCUGGCAGAGAGAAAGAUGUCAGCAUUGCAGGGGAGAAGCUAAGCUGACUGCUGCUCUGCUAAGUCCCCGGACGGUCGCACAUCCAGGACGGGUCCCCCGCACCCUCUGAACAUGGCUCCUGUGAUCCGUACUCAGCUUGGCGUCUAUGUUGUUCUAUGUGUGUUUUUCCUGACCCAUAUUGGUGCCUCCGAGGCUGAAAACCGAUCGGAUACUUGUUCAACGCACACAAUAUUACCUGGACCAAAAGGUGAUGUUGGUGAAAAUGGGGAUAUUGGUGAGAUUGGAAAACCGGGAAAAGAAGGUCCUAUGGGAUCAAAAGGUGCUAAAGGAGAAAUUGGGUACUUGGGUGGCCAAGGGCUGAUAGGAAAAAUUGGCCCUAUUGGAGGAAAAGGGGACAAAGGACAUACAGGCUUAGCUGGAUUUCCAGGAGGAAAGGGGAAACCAGGCACUUUCUGCGACUGUGGAAGGUAUCGCCGAGCUGUUGGACAGUUGGACCUAAAAGUCACUCAUCUCAAGUCGUCUUUAUUGUUUGUAAAGAAUGUGAUUGCUGGUAUCCGAGAAACAGAUGAGAAGUUUUAUUACAUUGUGAAAGAAGAGCGCAAUUACCGGGAUGCACUGACUCAGUGCAGAAUCAGAGGGGGCACCUUGGCGAUGCCCAAGGAUGCGGCCACAAAUUCGCUGAUUUCAGAAUAUAUCUCCAGCUUGGGUUUACUGAGAGUCUUCAUUGGCAUCAAUGAUCUAGAGAAGGAGAAGCAAUUUAUGUAUGUGGAUAACACCCCCUUACAGACCUUCAGCAGUUGGAAGUCCGGGGAACCCAAUGACAAAUCAGGAUACGAGGACUGUGUGGAAAUGCUCAGUACAGGCGCCUGGAAUGAUGUUGAUUGUCAGCUUACAAUUUACUUUGUUUGUGAGUUUAUGAAAAAGGGUUGAUAUAAAAAUAAAGUACAUGGAUAACUUUGGUCUUAAA